GCACGCCCAGACGUCUGUUGUUAUUUCCGCGAUCCCAAGAUGGCGUCUAUCAUGGAGGGUCCGCUGAGUAAAUGGACGAACGUGAUGAAAGGCUGGCAGUAUCGCUGGUUCGUGCUGGACUACAACGCCGGCCUCCUCUCUUACUAUACAUCAAAAGACAAAAUGAUGAGAGGAUCCCGGCGUGGCUGUGUGCGUCUCAGGGGGGCCGUGAUUGGCAUCGACGACGAGGACGACAGCACCUUUACUAUAACGGUCGAUCAGAAAACCUUUCAUUUUCAGGCCCGAGAUGCUGAUGAAAGGGAAAAGUGGAUUCAUGCAUUAGAGGAAACCAUCCUGCGUCACACUCUACAACUGCAGGGUGUGGAUUCUGGAUUCGUUCCGAGCGUUCAGGACUUUGAUAAGAAGCUUGCCGAGUCGGACGCUUAUCUUCAGAUCUUAAUAGAUCAGAUAAAGGUAUUUGAUGACAAAAUCCAAAACUGCAAGGAUGAUGAACAGAGGAAGAAAAUUGAAAAUCUCAAGGAUACCACAUGUAGCAUGGUAGAAUCCAUUAAACACUGCAUCGUGUUGCUGCAGAUUGCAAAGGACCAAACUAACGAGGACAAGCACGCAGAUGGACUUAUAAGCACCAUAAAUCCUGUGGAUUCUAUUUAUCAACCAAGUCUAUUGGAGCCUGCAGCCGUUCUCGCUAUGCCAACUCAAACCGUUCCAAUGCCAGAAGCUGUCCAGGUUGGUAAAGGAGAGCAGCGCCCAUCUUCAUUGGCAGUUGGGUCAGUAGUGAGUCCCAUUGGCAAUCAUCAGACUCCAACACCCAACAGCACAGGGAGCGGACAAUCUGUUCCCAGCAGUAGUCUGACGUCCCCCAGCCACGUCAACCUGUCUCCUAAUACAGUGCCGGAUUUCUCGUACUCAAGCAGUGAGGAUGAAUUCUACGAUGCCGAUGAAUUCUACCAGAGCACUUCCUCCCCAAAGCGCUGCAUGGACUCAUCAGAGUCUGCAGCUGCCCUAACACACAGCAGCACGGGCACCAGUCUGAAGAGGCCGGACACCGCAGAAUCCCUCAAUUCCUCCAUGUCGAAUGGGACCAAUGAUGCAGAACAGUUUGAAACUCAGGAGGACCGUGAUGAUGAUGGAGAAGGAGAAUCGGUGGAGGAGCACAAGAGUGUUAUCAUGCACCUUCUGUCCCAGGUCCGCUUGGGCAUGGACCUCACGAAGGUUGUACUCCCCACCUUUAUCUUGGAGAGAAGAUCCCUGCUGGAGAUGUAUGCCGAUUUCUUUGCACAUCCAGAUCUGUUUGUAAGUAUUGGUGACCACAAAGAUCCCAAAGACAGGAUGGUUCAGGUGGUCAGGUGGUACCUGUCAGCGUUCCACGCCGGCAGGAAAGGCUCUGUCGCAAAGAAGCCUUAUAACCCCAUCCUAGGAGAAGUCUUCCAGUGUCACUGGGAUCUACCGGGGCAGGAAAACGAGGACUCUGAACAGGUUUCUGAAGGACCGAUUCCUUGGGCUUCCAAAAAUAAUGUGACUUUCCUCGCCGAGCAGGUCUCGCACCAUCCGCCAAUUUCAGCCUUUUAUGCCGAAUGUUAUAACAAGAGGAUACAGUUCAAUGCCCACAUAUGGACAAAGUCCAAAUUCUUGGGAAUGUCCAUUGGAGUCCAUAAUAUAGGGCAAGGUUGUGUGUCCUGUUUAGACUAUGAUGAACACUACAUCCUAACUUUUCCCAAUGGUUAUGGAAGGUCCAUACUGACUGUGCCUUGGGUGGAGCUUGGAGGAGAAUGCAACAUUAAUUGCUCCAAAACCGGAUACAGUGCCAUCAUCACGUUCCAUACCAAACCCUUCUACGGUGGCAAGAAGCACAGAGUAACAGCAGAAAUCUACCCUCCUAAUGACAAGAAAUCGUUUUGUUCAGUGGAAGGAGAGUGGAACGGCGUCAUGUAUACGAAAUAUGCAAAUGGGGAGAAUGAAGUUUUUAUAGAUACCAAGAAAAUGCCUAUAGUUAAGAAAAAGGUUCGGAAGUUGGAAGAUCAACUAGAAUAUGAAUCUAGAAGGUUAUGGAAAGAUGUGACACUUAACUUGAAAAUCAGAGACAUUGAUGCAGCUACAGAGGCAAAGCACCGCCUGGAAGAGAUACAGCGGGCAGAAGCAAGGGAGCGCAAAGAGAAGGAAUCGCAGUGGGAGACUAGGCUGUUUCACGAAGAUGGAGAGUGCUGGGUCUACGAUGAACCAUUACUGAAGAGACGGCCUUCCCUCAGGCACUAAGUGGCUUACAGAACCAUUGUAGCAGAACCUCCUUCUCGAGAAACAAAGUGUCAUCUGAAGCCCAGAAAGGAAGGUGUUCUAUCACAUUUCAAGUUGAAGAUCUUCCCUGUGGUGCGGAGAGCCCCCUUACACUGCAGCGGUUCCUUACUCAGGGAUACUGGACUUCUACAGAGUGACAAUUCAGGCAGGGCAUGGUGACCCGCCAGCAAUGUGUUCAUGUCCACCAUUCACACUAUAAGAAAAUAAAGAACAGAAUCCCCCAUCUUCCUUUAAAUGUACAUGUGCCCUGUAAGCAGUGAAGACAGUUAUUCCAGGAGCUGGAAAAUGAUUGAUGACAGUGCAGCCCAUCACCUCAUUCAUGUCCGCACUUCUGGGUGGGAUAUGGGUGUAGCCCACAGAAUGGCUGCCGUCACUGUAAGAAGGCCACAAGUGCACUUUAAUGUAAAGAACCCGCCUGGACAACCAUGUAAAAUGCAUUGUAAAAAAAAAUUUGCCCAGACGUUCGCUGAUGAUUACAGGACCUGAUUACUAUUCUAUAUCAAAAUGUGUUUUCCAUCUCCUCUCGUGUAUAUAAUAAGAAUCUGGCAUUUUCAUAUACAUCACAUUUAAUUCAAGAAAUUAUACUUUACGUUCAGCAUCUAUCUGCCCCGAUGUAUAAAACCGCCCUCCACAUUUACUUCUUUAUUUUUUUUCAUUCCCAAAACUGGUCUUGCCUUUGUAUUUAUUUAUUUCCUAAUAAAAUGUUAGAGCAAAUUAUUUUAUUAGAUCUGCAUUUAUGAUUUGCAAUUAAAUUCUAAUCUUCAGAAAA